AUGAAUCCCAGUGCUCCCAGUUACCCCAUGGCCUCCCUGUACGUCGGGGAUCUGCAUCAAGAUGUGACUGAGGCCAUGCUGUACGAGAAAUUCAGCCCAGCCGGAGCGAUCCUCUCUAUCCGUGUCUGUAGGGACAUGAUCACCCGACGUUCCCUUGGAUACGCCUAUGUCAACUUCCAGCAGCCAGCGGACGCUGAACGUGCACUGGACACCAUGAACUUUGACGUGAUCAAGGGGCAGCCUGUACGCAUCAUGUGGUCACAGCGUGAUCCGUCACUGAGAAAAAGCGGCGUGGGAAACAUCUUCAUCAAGAAUCUUGACAAGUCCAUUGACAACAAGGCUCUUUAUGACACUUUCUCUGCUUUUGGCAACAUCCUGUCAUGCAAGGUGGUUUGUGACGAGAACGGCUCUAAAGGCUACGGCUUUGUGCAUUUUGAGACUCAGGAGGCGGCCGAACGAGCCAUUGAGAAAAUGAAUGGCAUGCUGCUCAAUGACCGGAAAGUGUUUGUGGGCCGCUUCAAAUCUCGCAAAGAGCGCGAGGCUGAGCUGGGGGCCCGAGCCAAAGAGUUCACAAACGUUUACAUUAAAAACUUUGGUGACGACAUGGACGAUGAGAAGCUGAGGGAACUCUUCAGUAAAUACGGCAAUGCCAUGAGUAUCCGGGUCAUGACAGAUGAAAGUGGAAAGUCUCGAGGCUUUGGGUUUGUCAGCUUUGAAAGACACGAGGAUGCCCAGAAGGCGGUGGACGAGAUGAACGGGAAGGAGUUAAACGGCAAGCUGAUCUACGUCGGCCGUGCCCAGAAGAAGGUGGAGCGACAGACGGAGCUGAAGCGCAAAUUUGAACAGAUGAAACAAGACCGCAUGACUCGAUACCAGGGUGUUAAUUUGUAUGUGAAGAACCUAGACGAUGGAAUAGAUGACGAACGCCUGCGGAAGGAAUUCUCGCCAUUUGGCACCAUCACCAGUGCCAAGGUGAUGAUGGAAGGCGGGCGCAGCAAAGGCUUUGGCUUUGUCUGCUUCUCGUCCCCAGAGGAGGCCACCAAAGCUGUGACAGAAAUGAAUGGACGCAUUGUUGCCACCAAGCCACUGUACGUGGCCCUGGCUCAGAGGAAAGAGGAGCGUCAAGCCCACCUGACCAACCAGUACAUGCAGCGCAUGGCCAGUGUGCGCGCGGUGCCAAAUCCAGUCAUCAACCCAUACCAGCCCACUCCACCCUCUGGUUACUUCAUGGCAGCCAUUCCCCCAACCCAGAACCGUGCUGCUUACUACCCAGCUCCUGGCCAAGUGACCCAUCUCCGCCCGAGCCCACGCUGGACCACCCAAGGCGUCCGACCACCGCAUCUCCAGAACAUGCCAGGUGCCAUGCGUCCCUCAGCACCUCGUACUCAAACCUUCAGCACAGUGCGGCCUACCUCCCAGGUGCCCCGCAUGAUGUCCACCCAGCGUGUCGCCACUCAGGCCAUGGGCCCCCGACCAGCCACUGCAGCUGCCGCAGCAGCCGCCCCCGUGCGUGGAGUACCUCAGUACAAGUAUGCAGCAGGAGUCCGCAAUCCCCAGCAGCACAUGACCACUCAGCCACAAGUCACCAUGCAGCAGCCUGCAGUCCAUGUUCAGGGACAGGAGCCUCUGACUGCCUCCAUGCUGGCUGCUGCUCCUCCACAGGAACAGAAGCAGAUGCUGGGUGAACGUCUGUUUCCACUGAUCCAGAACAUGCAUCCCAGUCUGGCAGGCAAGAUCACUGGCAUGCUGCUGGAGAUUGACAACUCUGAGUUGCUCCACAUGCUGGAGUCCCCCGAGUCUCUCCGCUCAAAGGUGGAUGAAGCAGUGGCUGUGCUGCAGGCUCAUCAGGCCAAGGAGGCCGCCCAGAAGACAGUUACCAAUUCAGCUGGGGUCCCAAAUGUCUGAACCCAAGGAGUGGGGAACCUUGAGACUAGCUUCACUGAUGGACAAAAUAAUUUCACAGUGAAAAAGUUAAAAACACACAAAACAAAGUAAAAAGAAAA